AUGCGACUGGGACGCAGCUUGGCUGUUUUUCUGCUUCAACUUGCUUUGAGCCUUGCUGAGAUCGCCAUCACCAGCCUUAUGGUGGUCGCCAUCUCCACCGUCGCAUCUUGCAUCGAGGAUGUGUCCGUCGUUACCGGCACCCUGGGAGCCUUCAUUGGCUCCAGCCUUUGCUGGAUCUGUCCAUCCAGCAUCUAUUUGCGAGUGACGCAAAAAAGCAAGUCUGACCUGGAACAGCCACUUUGCAAUAGCAAAGCACGUCUUCCUCGCAACCGUGCUCUUGCCGCCUACGCAUGCUUCCUGAUUGCGUUUGGCGCCGUGAGCAUCGUGGUCGGUGUAGAGGCGGUUUUGCACGUUGUUUGA